AUGGGAUCCAUAGGCAGCGACAACUUUGCCCAAGCGGAAGCCAAAUACGACGCCGAACGAGACCGCAGAAUUCGUCCCGAUGGAGCGACUCAAUUCGUCGAUACCACUCGAUCCGCCAAGUUCACGCACUUUGCUCAGAAUCCCUGGAUCAAGGAAGACCCUCCCACUUCCCAGGCUGCAAUCGAGGAUGGUGACCACGUUCGCGUUCUCAUUCUUGGAGCGGGCUAUGGCGGUCUCACCUACGCGGUUCGGCUGAUGGAGGCCAGCAUCGAUGUGAAGGACAUGCUGCUCGUUGAUGCUGCCGGUGGCUUUGGCGGCACGUGGUACUGGAAUCGUUACCCUGGACUGAUGUGUGAUGUGCAAAGCACCCUUUACAUGCCCUUGCUCGAGGAAACUGGCUAUACGCCGAAGCACAGAUACUCAUACGGAAACGAACUCCGCGAGUAUGCCAACCUCGUGGCUGAUAAAUGGGGUCUAAACACCAGGGCUCUCUUCAAGGCGUCUGUGAAGAGUACCGAGUGGGACGAAGAGAAGGGCGAAUGGCGUACGACAAUUAGAAUCAAUCUCGACACGAACCAAGAGCGUGAUAUUAUGCUGCGCUCUGAUUUUUUCUGCCUGAACGGAGGCAUUCUGGUCCACCCAAAGUUGCCUCUCCUCCCUGGGGUUGAGUCUUACAAUGGCCAGACAUUCCAUACGUCUCGAUGGGACUACUCAAUUACGGGCGGAUCAUCAACAGACCCAAACAUGGUGAAACUCAAAGGCAAGAGGGUCGGAAUUGUUGGGACUGGAGCGACCUCAAUCCAGGUUGUGCCGGAGCUCGCCAAGUGGGCACAGGAGCUCUUCGUCUUCCAGCGCACCCCAUCUGCGGUGGACACGCGAGGGCAAAAGCCUUUAGAUCCUCAAGAUCUUGCGCAGACAAAGAAAAUCCCAGGCUGGCAGCGAGCCUACCGAGAGAAUAUGGCGGCCUUUCUGGUCAAUCCGGUUGUCACGCCCGAAAAGGACCUGGUGCAAGACGCUUGGACGAGCUUCCCCAGCUUCAGCGGACUGGUCGGAAGCCCGCGGAUCAAGGACAUCCCCCCGGAGAAGACGGCUCAGUACGUGCAAUCGCUUCACACCCUGGAUUUUCCUCGUCAGGACGCCAUUCGCACCCAGGUUGACGACCUGGUCAAGGACAAGGCAACGGCCGAGGCUCUGAAGCCGUGGUAUCCUGGCUGGUGCAAGAGACCCUGCUUCCACGAUGAAUAUCUGCCAACCUUCAACCAGCCCCACGUCCACCUCGUCGACACCGCGGGCAAGGGCGUUGAUCGAAUGACCCCGUCCGGGAUUUGUGUACGCGACAAAGAGUACGAGGUGGACGUGCUGAUCUUCGCGACCGGCUAUGAGCCAUGGGGCGCCGGCAGCCCUGCGUAUCGCGCCGGCAUCGAAGUCAAAGGACGCGAUGGCGUGUCUCUGGACGAGAAGUGGACCAAGUCAUUGGCCACGCUACACGGACUGCUCACACGCAAUUUCCCCAACAUGUUCUUGUCGGCCGGUGGGUCGCAGGGAGGUACCACGGUCAAUGUUGUGCAUACGAUGGACGUGUACGCCAUGCACAUUGCCAAGAUUAUCACGCAGGCCAGCAAGGGCGCGAGGCAGGGCCAGAAAAUCGUCGUCGAGCCUACCGACGCCGGCGAAGCUGACUGGACCAUGCGUGUUGUCAAGCAGGCGCAUGGUGCGGCUGGACUCAUUGGGUGUACACCCAGCUACAUCACUGGUGAAGGCAAGGCCGGCCAGGAAAAGACGGACGAAGAACGACUCCACGGGGCGAAACGAGCGGGUUGGAUGUCAGGUCUUCUGGACUACAUUGAUACGAUCAAGGCGUGGGAGGAUGAGGGCAAGUUGUAUGGCCUGGAAGUGCGUUACAAGCCUAUCGGAGAGGGAUAUAGGAGGUGAG